AUGGAGCGGGCGGGUCGUCGUGCUAAGGCUGGCUCUUUGAGUGGUUUAUCCGCGGGACUGCCGACUGGUACUCCGUCUGUUCGUCGUCAGAGAUCUCUAGAGUGGGCCGGAGACAGGUACAGCAGCAGUGAUGAAGACCGCCCGCAGAAGCCGCCUCAACUCGACGAUAGAGUUUUCGCUUCACUUCUAGCCCAAGCUACUCAACAAUUUGACAAUGAACAGCGUCGGAUGUAUGGUUCGGAGGAUGGCGAAAACCCUCCGCGAUACAUUAGUAGCCCUCAACGCCAGGCCUCACCGUUUCCCCUCGAAAGCACCAACAGACGCUUCUAUAGACGAAUCAGAAAUUCUAAAGGUGAAGAAAUUUUUAACAACGAAGCUAGUGGUGGUACACUCUCUCGAAGAAGCCGCAGAGGUGAUGAAUUUCAUGAGACCAAUGGACGGUCAAACAGAAUCAAUCAUCUAAAUGGUCCAUCCAGCGGUGGUCAGAGCGAGCGUGAGUGUGACAGUCCUCCUGAGCCUGCGCCCCCAGAGGUACCUCCACGAGGCCCCUCCUUACACGUCACCUUACGUCAUCGCCCUGCACCCGAACAAACAGCUGAUUCCGAACGACUUUUUCUAUCUGAAGAAUUUGUAAUGUCCGAAGGUGGUCACGGUGGAUCCGCUACUUAUCCAGCUCGUUCUCCUAUUUCCAGCUCAACUACAGGACAUUCAAGCUCUAGCCAUCACAGAAUGGGUGGAACUGGUAUGACAAGCGGGAUGGGUGGAGGUACUCUGGGCCACUGUCAGCUGGCAAACCAGCCCCUGGUGAUGCCAGGGUUUCCAUUGCGAGCCAGCCAACCGAGCCCUGUUCCAAUGUACUCUCCAUCAAGAUUCCAUAUAGACAAGCGAUGUCAACAUCGUUGCACAUGGAAAUGUUUAGCCAUAGCUAUGAUUUGCCUGUGUGUCAUUCUUGCGGCCAUGCUCGCCUACUUUAUAGCAUUAUCGUCAAUUAAAAGUAAUAUAGACAAUUCAAACUGUAUUCUGGUACAAGACGUAAAGGCAGUAACCCAUUCUCACGGUGUAAGAGACGCUCUUUCGACAUCCUCACCAUCGGACGAAUCUAUAUCAACAUCAUCAUUAGGAGGUUGGUCAACAACUGCGGAGGCUGCUCUUGAAUCUGCAGUAAUACCACAGCAAGCACAACAAGCAGCUCCGCCUCCUUGGACUCCAGCUUUAGAACUUAGAGAAUUUGAUGAACUACACAGUGUUACAAUCCCUGCUUACCAGUUUUGGAGUUCUGAAUUUCGUAACAAACAACCGGCGUUCGUGAGUCUUAACUUCACCGUUCCUUGGGGAGCUAAUUUCGCUGUCUAUGGUAGAAGAAACGUUGCUCCUAGUGUCACCCAAUACGAUUUUGUUGAAUUUAUCCGUGGUGGUAGAGUUGAUCAUAGACUACGGAAAAGGAGAAGUCUCCACGAAUCAGACCCACGUGAUCAUGGUUUUGACGGCUUUGAUUCAUUGUUUAGUACAUUUAGCCCAUUUGAUAGAUGGAACCACACGAUAAUCAAGAGGUCUACAGAUAUGAGGGUUAAUGUCAGUAUAAUUCAAUAUCUCGACACGGGUAGAUGGUUCAUAUCGAUAUAUAAUGACGAACUUCAGCCACACCACGUUGAAAUGAUUGUGUCAGAAGCUGAAGGGGUGACAAACUCUUGCCCUGAUGAUUGUUCUGGUCACGGUUCUUGCUAUUUAGGAAAAUGUGAAUGUAUGGAUGGUUUUGAAGGUCACGAUUGUUCAAAAAGUGUAUGUCCUGUUCUGUGUUCUGGACACGGUGCCUACGCUGGCGGAAUUUGUCAUUGUUCUGAGGGAUGGAAAGGAGCUGAAUGUGAUGUUCCGGCUCACGAUUGUGAACCAGCAGAUUGUUCCGGUCGGGGGCAAUGCAUCGCAGGCCAAUGUCAAUGCAAAGCAGGAUGGAAAGGAGCGAAAUGUGACGAAGAGGAUUGCUUGGAUCCAACGUGUGGCGGUCAUGGAUCUUGUGUUCGUGGUCGAUGCGUAUGUCGUGCUGGUUGGCGUGGGGCAGCCUGUACUGAACGUGAUGCCCGUGUACAACGCUGUCUGCCCGCUUGCUCUCAAAGAGGCGUGUAUGACUUAGAUGCUGGUCGAUGUGUUUGUGAUCCCUUGUACACAGGCGACGAUUGUUCUCAAGUGGUAUGUUCAUUGGAUUGCGGACCUCACGGUGUUUGUGCUGAAGGAGUAUGUCGUUGUGAUGAUGGGUGGACCGGUUCAUUGUGUGACCAACGACCAUGCGAUAUUCGUUGUCAUGAACAUGGUCAAUGCAAAAACGGUACUUGUGUUUGCACACAAGGUUGGAAUAGUAAACAUUGUACCUUACCCGGUUGUCCAAACGGUUGCUCUCGACACGGUCAAUGCCUGCUGGAGGAAGGGGUCUACCGAUGUUCGUGUGCAGAUGGCUGGGCUGGCACAGAUUGUUCCAUUGAGUUGGAACUAUCCUGCAACGACAAUGAAGACAAUGACGAAGAUGGCAUGACGGACUGCUCGGACUCUGAAUGCUGCAGCCGCCCAGAAUGUUCUGAGCACAUUAUGUGCUUAGCUUCCAAUGACCCUGUUGAAGUAUUACUUCGUAAGCAGCCUCCAUCCGUCACAGCUUCUUUCUAUCAACGUGUCAAAUUUCUUAUUGAAGAAAACUCUGUACAGAGUUACGCGCACAUGGACGAAUAUUCUGAAAGCGAGUUCUGGAAUUCCUUUACACCAUGUCGAGUGUCGGUGAUGCGGGGGCAGGUUGUAUCUCCGCAAGGGCUGGGCAUCAUUGGCAUUAGAGUCUCCGUGGAUCGAGAAGCUAGAUUCGGAUUCACGCUUACUAGACAGGGAGGAUGGUUCGACGUUUUGGUGAACGGUGGUGGCGCGGUUACUCUCCAGUUCCAGCGAUCACCAUUCAAGCCUCUUAGGAAAACUGUCUUCGUGCCAUGGAACCAGAUAGUUGUACUUCCACCCGUCCAAAUGGAGCUCAGUGAUGAUAACAUUAAAGUACCCACACCUAGAGCCCCAGUUGGUCUAGACUGGUCUCCAAUGCCACAAUGGUGGGAGGCAGAUAUGCCCCCUUGCACAGCUCAUGAUCACGAACGUCUAAGACCUGAGGUUGUGGCUAUGCCUGCUCUGGCAGCACCAGCUGCUUCCUCACCAACAACCUCUACUGUCAUAUAUCCUGAAGCUCAGAUCGUUAGCGAAUCAAUCGGAAUACCAGGGUCAUCAGUCAAACUCACCUAUCGCUCGUCACAAGCGGCUGGCUACUUGUCUUGCGUACACAUUCAACUGACGAGACGAGAGGUGCCCGCGUUCCUCAUUCGAGUACACGUUCGAGUGGACAUCGAGGGUUCUUUACACACUCACACCUAUGAAGCGGACCCCGAUCUCACUCACGUGUUUGCGUGGAACAAGCGCAAUGUAUAUAAACAGAAGGUUUACGGCCAAGCUCAAGCGAAAAUUUCUAUUGGAUAUGAAUACACAACAUGUUUGUCUAUUGUUUGGGAAACGCAAACCGCAACUCUAUCCGGUUUCGAUGUGGAUAUUUCUGAUAUUGGAGGAUGGGGUUUGGACAUUCAUCAUCAUUACAACUUCCAUGAAGGCAUUCUACAAAAGGGAGAUGGAGCUCUAUUACACUUAAAGCAAUAUCCAAGAACAGUUCAGGUGGUAAUGGGUACUGGUUUGCAAAGGCCCCUCAACUGCCCCGAUCAUUGCAAUGGUAAAGCUGCAGAUUCCCGUCUUCUUACACCAACAGCUCUUACUUCUGGACCCGAUGGAUCACUAUAUGUUGGAGAUUUUAACCUUGUUCGUCGUAUUACUCCUGAAGGAAUGGUUACAACUGUUUUACAAUUAGAAACGACACAAGUUGCAUAUCAAUAUUACAUCUGCAUAUCUCCGGCGGAUGGAUAUCUUUACAUAUCAGAUUCAGAAAGACAUCAAGUUAGAAGAGUACUGGUAUUAGAUAAAGUACGUGAUCCAGCAGCAAAUUCAGAAGCUGUUGUUGGCAAUGGAGACCGUUGUGUACCUGGUGAUGACUCUAAUUGUGGUGACGAAGGACCUGCUAUAAAAGCGAAGUUGGCCCACCCUAAAGGUCUUGCUAUAGCAGCAGAUAGAACUAUGUACAUCGCAGAUGGAACAAAUAUCCGUGCUGUUGAUCCAAAUGGUAUAAUACAUACACUUGUUGGUCAUCACGGACAUCACAAUCACUGGUCACCUGUUCCUUGCCGAGGAGCCAUUCAACCCUACGAAGCACAACUACAGUGGCCUACUGGUGUAGCUUUAUCGCCACUAGAUGGUUCACUGUAUUUCAUAGAUGACAGAAUUAUAUUAAAAUUAACAGUUGAUAUGAAAAUUAAAGUAGUUGCUGGACAACCAUCACAUUGUCGCCUUGGAAGUGAUGGCAAACCGAUUGCUAAACCUACUAAUAGAACUAAUGGAGAUAUAAGGGAAGAUUCCACACUUGGAACUAUCCAGGCUAUAGCUUUCGCUCCCAGCGGUAUUCUUUACAUUGCAGAGUCAGAUUCUAAAAAGACCAACACCAUAAAGACGAUUGAUCCCUCUGGGAAAAUUUUACAUUUUGCCGGAAAAUUACAAGAAAAUAUGAAAGAACUUAGCUGUGAAUGUAAUACAUCGAAUUCAGCAACUAUUAUACCUACAAACAAUCGUGAAGACGUUGGAGGAUGUCCUUGUAAAUUAAGUGUUGCAGCUGGAGAUGAACCACCAACCAAUACUGAAACAUUAUUGUCCUCGAACGCAAAAUUCCAAACAAUAUCUGCCCUAGCUGUAACCCCAGACGGUGUUCUUAAUGUCGUUGAUCAAGGUUCUUUACAUAUUUUGGCAUUAAAACAUUAUUUGCCAACACAUGAUGAAAAUGGUGAAUUUAGAAUACCAUAUCCACCAACUUCAGAAGUAUAUGUAUUUAAUCGUUAUGGUCAACAUAUAACUACGAAAGAUUUAACAUCAGGUAAAACCAGAUAUUCAUUCCUGUACUCUAAAAACACAAGUUUCGGUAAAUUGUCUACGGUGACGGAUGCAUCUGGAAACAAAAUACAAUUGCUAAGAGAUUACAGUAAUAUUGUUAGUUCGAUCGAAAACACGCAGGAUCAUAAACUUGAAUUGAAAAUAUCGGGAAUUGGAUACUUGACAAAGAUAACUGAGAAAGGUACUUCAGAAAUAGAAAUGGAUUACGACGCAAAUACAGGACUACUUAAUAGUCGAUCAGGAGCAAGUGAUACGGUUAUUUAUAAUUAUGAUGAAUUGGGACGAGUAGUAAGGAUCAUUAUGCCGUCUGGAGAGCAAGUGCAUAUAACUUCAGGUCUCGCAAAGAAUUACGGACUGGCAGUCACUGUAGCUAAUCCAACUAGCACCAUCCCAGUUGGUGUAGCGAAAAAAUGUGAAUAUGUACUACACGGACAAUCCUUCAAACAAAUUACUAUUAAUAACGGAAAACAAAUUACAGAAGGUCGCAUAUUUACUAAUAACUCCUUAAUCAUUGAUACACCAUGGUCAGGGAAAUUUGAAAGCAUAGCAGCUGCAAAACAUCCCCUUCUUGAAGCAGCUUUGCCAAUUGAAGCUGAAAUGUUACACAUGUGGUCCCACCAAACAACGACUUUUGGAGACAAUUUAAUAAACAAUAUGUAUUCAUUAUAUACUCUUGUAGGAGAUGUAAGAAACCCACAGCAGACUCUAAAUCGUGAAAUUUGGGUAAACGACUCGAGAGUUCUGAUUAUUGAAUUUGAUCAAUUUAAGAGUAGAGAGACGUUUUUCAAUGCAGAUCGAAUUCCACUAUUUACCAUUGCUUACGAUGUUGCUGGUUUGCCAUUAUCAUUCACACCUCACGGUGCCGGCGUACCUCUUAAUAUCUCCUACGACAGAUUCUACAGAAUAAAUGGGUGGAAGUGGGGCGUAUCUGAGGAAACUUAUAGCUAUGAUCCUCAUGGAAUGCUUUCAGAAAUUACAAGUCCACAAGAUGGCACAAAAUUCAUUUAUUACAACGAAGGUAAUCUAGUGUCUAAGAUUACAUUAGCAAGUCAAAGGAGUUUCAAAUACAAAUAUGACAGCGAUGGUGGUUUUACUCAUGUCAUAUUACCAUCCGGUACAAAUCAUUCAUUUAGUGUCCAACCAUCAAUUGGAUUUUUACGCGUGACGUAUACACCUCCUGGCUCUCCAAGGAAAUAUUUGCAACAUUACUCACAUACCGGAGAACUCCUUCAAACUGUAUUCCCAGGGGAUGGUGCACGAAUUAUAUACAGAUACUUUACUACCAAUAAAAUAUCCGAAGUAGUACAUGGUGACGGACAAACUCAAAUUCACUAUUCAGAGAACAGUGGGUUACCAUCUGAAAUCCUCCAUGUGGAUCGUGAUGUUGAUUAUCGUUGGGAGUCAACAUAUAUAGGUGGUUUGCUUGUUGAAGAGCGUAUUGACUAUGGUGCAAAAACUGGUCUCAGUAACGCAAAAAUACUAUACGAGUAUGAUAAUAACUACAGAACUAUAGCAGUUCAAGGUCGCAUCGGUGGUCAAACACUUAUUCCACAUCACAUCAUUUAUAACAGCAAGACAGGCGCUCCAGAUGUUCUAGGUCAAUUUACUGUUUCUAAACAAAAAUGGAAUGAAGCCUCAGUGUAUGAUGGUAUCGCUAUGUUUUCUCGUAUAUUGAAUGAACAAUUUCUUGAAAGGGAGAUAACAGUAAAUAUUCAUAGAAUGGAAGUGUUCAGAAUGGAAUUUGCAUAUGACAGACAUGGUCGAAUAUCUCAAACAAGAACUCAUACCAGGAAUGUAGGUGUUAAUACAUACACCAAUGUCAAGAAUUACACUUGGGAUUGUGACGGACAACUGACUGGUGUAGAAGCCCAAGAACCGUGGGGAUUCAGGUAUGAUGAUAAUGGAAAUAUGCUUUCCCUGACUUACAGAGGAAAUACUAUUCCGAUGGAAUAUAAUGACAUGGACCGCAUUAUUAAGUUUGGGGAGGGCCAAUAUCGUUAUGAUAGCAGAGGCCUCGUUUCUCAAAAUGCUAGAGAGGAGCGUUUCCAAUAUAAUGCGAAAGGAUUACUUAUAAGAGCAACUAAACGUGGAAGAUUUGAUGUAAAAUACUAUUACGAUCAUUUGGAUAGGUUAUCUACAAGGAAGGACAAUUUCGGAAACGUUACUCAAUUCUUCUAUACAAAUAAAGAAAAACCUCACGAGGUCAGUCAUAUAUAUUCACCUCGAGAAAAUAGAUUCAUGACACUUGUUUAUGAUGAUAGAGGCCACCUUAUUUAUACCCAGGUUGCUCGUCACAAAUAUUAUAUAGCUACUGACCAAUGUGGGACUCCAGUAAUGGUUUUCAACCAAUACGGAGAAGGAAUACGAGAACUCAUGAGAUCACCUUACGGUCAUAUCGUAUACGAUUCUAACCCGUACCUUUAUUUACCUGUAGAUUAUUGUGGUGGAUUAUUAGACAAAGUAACGUCUUUAGUACAUAUGGCAAAUGGUAAAGUUUAUGACCCUCUUAUUGGACAAUGGAUGUCUCCACUUUGGGAAAAUCUUGUUGAAAGAAUACAUAACCCAACGCAGCUACAUUUAUAUAGAUUUAAUGGAAAUGAUCCAAUAAAUGUUAGGCCACAAAAUAAGAAGCCAGCAGAUCAUUUAUCCUGGCUUAAAUUAUUGGGAUAUGAUACAAGAAGUUUGGCUCCUCAACUCUACCCAGAUGAACUACCAGGAGGCUCUAUACUGCCCAACAUACCUCAUGGCCGACCAGUUUGGGGAACCGCACCCGAGGAAGGAGGUCCUGGAAUACCUUCUACCAUGUCAUUGCUACCGACUGUAACAAUUGAAUCUGGAUUCUUAUCUCAUAUGUCGAACAAAAGGAUAGCUGAUUUCCGUAGUCUUUCUAUUCCGGCAAUGUCUGCAUUAAAAUCUGACGCCCUGAAUCUAGCACCUAAACGUAUCGGUUCAGACUCAGAACCUCCUUUCGGGCGUGGUAUACUUAUAUCUCGUAAUUCUAGAGGUCGCGCUGUGGUAAGCACAGUACCCUCAGCGAACGCUAUAUAUCGAGAUGUUUACACGUCCGUAUUUAACAGAUCUCACUUACUGCCAUUUUCUUUUGUGGUUCAUGGUGAUCAGCAAGACGUAUUCUAUUUUGUCAAAGAAGAUACGUGGCGCGCAGCGGAUGAUAAACAACAACUGAAACGGAUGCAAGGAAAGCUUAAUGUCACAUUCCAUGAAGUCGCCGAAGGAGGUCAUUCUUACGCUGAUGUUAAGAUUCAUGGUCAAACUAGUAUUGUUAAUUUACGUUACGGUACAACCGCGGAGAGAGAACGGCAACGUCUUCUGCACCACGCUCGCUCGUCGGCAAUACGCAAGGCUUGGCAUCGGGAACGCGAGGCUCUAAGGGCUGGUUUGGGUGGAUCGCAGGACUGGUCGGCAGCCGAGUUGGAAGAGAUUCAGAAGGCGGGAUCGGCGACUGCUUAUGAAGGCGAAUAUGUCCACGACGUGGCCCGUUAUCCAGAGCUCGCUGAGGAUCCAUAUAACGUACGCUUCGUGAAGAAGCGCACCGAUCGCGCUGAACGCAGACGACGAAAGCGUGAGGACUGCCGCGCUCCCUGGUGGCUCGCCUGGGAUGACCUCUGCUAG